AUGGAUCUACUAUUAUUUGAAGCUCUCAUGCAACUUCCACCAUCAACAAGAGACACCGUUGUAAAAGUGCUGGAUCAUGCAAGCCAAAACCACCCUACUGAUCAUGAUGAAGAUUAUCCAAAAAGAAUAUGCUUACGAGAAGAAGAAGAGUGUGCUACAGGCACAGUUUGUGUUGAGCCAAGAUUACAAAGUAGUGACUCUGAAGAAUAUUCUUCUUCUCGCUCUUCUAAGACGGUGACAGAAGAAGAGUGUGGACAGUGUUCAAUGGACGAUGAUGAUGAUGAUGAGACAACUUCUCCUUCUUCUUCAGAGACGGUGGAACAACGAAUGAUACUGUACAAGCCACAACAAGAAGAGUAUGAAGAAGACGACGUCGUUUCGACCGAGCUUACGUUGGGAAGUAGUAGCGCACAGCCAUCACGGCAACAAGAAGAACCUUCCUCUUCUUCACCGUCUGAAGAUGAUACAACGGCUCUCUUACUCGUCGAGCUAUGCCGCAUUAGGCCUAUGCAACUUCAAACACAAACUCAGACGCCACACAAGUUUGAUUCGUACAAGUGUGAUGUAUGUGGAAAAGAGUUUACUUCGUACCAAGCCUUAGGUGGACACAAGGCUAGCCACCGAGUUAAGCUGCAACAACCACUUGUUGAAAACGCAAACGCAGAAGCUGGAGGAAAAACGCGGCCCAGGAUGGCCCCAUCGGGUAAAAUACACAAGUGUUCUAUAUGUAACGUUGAGUUUCCUACGGGACAAGCUCUCGGUGGACAUAAACGUCGUCACUACGAAGGUGUUCUAAGCGGUAACAAACGUAGUCAUGACGAGGUUAUAGCUGGGGACAGGUCCGUUCCCAAUCAUGAGAGUAUUGUAACAAAGUCGUCGGGUCCAAUGCAGAGUUUUGUAGGCGAUCACAAAUGUAGUCACGACGAGGUUAUAGCGGGAGACAAGUCGAGUCCCAAUCAUGAGAGUGAUGUAACAAACAUGUCGGGUCGGAAGCAGAGUUUUGUAGGCGAUCACAAACGUAGUCACGACGAGGUCAUAACGGGAGACAAGUCGAGUCCCAAACAUGAGAGUGAUGUAACAAAAAGUCCAGGUCGAAGUUUUAUAGGGUUGUUCGAUCUUAAUGAAUUUCCGUUGCAAGAGUUUGAUGAUAACAACAUGCAAGAAGUUGAUGAGUUUGAAAGUGCAAUUGUAGCGAACAAGACGCUACAAUUAAUAGAUCUGAUUUGA